UUCAACCAUAAUUAUAAAGUCAUGCAUUCAUUGCAAAUUGAAACUCUACUUUUGAUAUGUUUUGUAUGUUCUGCUGCUUCAGAAAUACUCGCAGGUCAAACUGUUAAGGACAUUCUAACAAAGCACAAAUGUCUAUGCCCUUGUGGAAAAGACUGGGAUGCCACGAAAGGAUUUGUCGUUCCGUUUGAGGAAGGCAAUUGGUUCGAAGCAGUGUCCUACUGCGCUAGUCAGGGAAUGUCUAUGCUGCAACUGCGCGACAAGUUCGACAGCCAGGAUCUGAAGCAAUGGCUCGACGACCACGGGUAUGGAGCGGGGCAAAACUUUUGGAUCGGCGCCAACGACUUGGCCAAACCGGGGCUGUUUCGGUGGGGGCUGACGGCUAACGAGGUGACUUUUAGCAAGUGGGCCCGCGGAGAACCGAACUUUAUUACCGUCCGAGGAGAAACCGAACACUGCGUCGAGCUGAAUCCCAACACGAUGGAGUGGAACGAUUCGGGAUGUUCGAAGCGGAUGCACUUUAUUUGUGAAACAUUCUCGAAUUAGAUUUGCUUUAAUAAAAAGCGUUUAUUGACUAAAAA